AUGAUUGCCUUGCAGGUAGAGCGUGCCCAGGCGGGUCAGAUUCUGGAAGGAAGGGGAAAUCGGGCCGGAGAAAUUGUUCUCGGCCAGAUUAACCCGCACGAGGGAUGUGAGAGAGAAAAGCGAGGCCGGGAUUUCGCCGCUGAAGAAAUUGUGCUGCAG